AUGGUUAAUUUCUUUGUAAGAUAUUGGAAAACACUUGCUAUUACAAGUAUAUCCAUAGUAUCAUCUUAUUUCUUCUCUCAUUAUGAUUAUUCUCGAAUAAAUAAUCAUUUAUUAUCUGCACUAACAGUUCAAGCUGCGGAAUUCACACCAACCAAUUUUCCUGAAUCAGUUCUUGCAGAGCGACCUAGACCUCGUAUUGGUCGUCGACAGUUAACAGAAGACAUGGUUAACACUAUUUUAUAUAUGACACUACCAAAACAUCGAGGAUCAAAAAGAUUUUUUCGAAAUCUUGAAGAUGCUGGUCUUAUCUCAUAUGCAGAAUAUUUAUUUCUCUGGGUGAUUUUAACAAAACCUUCUACACAAUUCGAACUUACAUAUGCUGUAUUUGAUACGGAUGGUAAUCAAUUGGUUGAUAAAGAUGAAUUUCUUUUAUUUGAUAAUAGUGAACAAGCAAAUGCUACAUUACUUAUACAUUUUUUGAUAAUUCAAAAUGAUUUUUUUUUAUAUAGUUUUAUGGGAAAUCUCCAAACAGAAGUACUUGAAAUUGAAUUUAGUGAAUUUUCACAUGGUUUCAAAACAAUGUCAGAGUUGAGUUUUGCUGAGAUGCUUUUACGUUAUGCAGAUUUUGAUCAUCAUACAAAAAAAUCUAUAUUAAAAAAUGUCAGAAAACUUGGCGAUAAGCAAAAUGCAAAUACAUAUGAAGAAUUUAAACAUUUUUCUGUAUUUCUCAAUAAUCUUGAAGACUUUACUAUUAGUAUGCGUUUUCAUCAAUUAUCAAAUAAACCAAUCUCACAAGGCAAGCAUUUCUCUCAUUAA